AUGGAUGAAAUCGCUCGGUUCAUCUCCGAACGAGAAAACUGCGACGUAACCAAGCAAACAUCCUGCGGCUCUUCGCAGUGGGCGUCGUUUCGGAAGUACGAAACCGCGGACGAGGGAAAAAAAUUCUUCGUGAAACUCUCGAGAAAAGACGAUUCGAUGUUUCGAGGCGAAAAAGCAGGUUUGGAGGCGUUGCGCGAAGCGGGAAGUCCGUUGAUGGUCGUACCGAAAGUGUUCUACGCGGGCGGUGUUCCGGACGGAUUUCGCGACGGGAACUCGAUGAUUAUCAUGGAACAUCUCAACUUUGGCGCGAGAGGCGAUCAAGGCGAAUUUGGUACGGCUUUAGCGAAGAUGCACGCGGCGAAAAUCGACGGCGCGGAGGAGUUUGGUUUCGAAGUGAACAAUACGAUUGGCGAAACGCCGCAAAAGAACGUGCCGAUGACGAAGGAUUGGGAAACGUUUUGGGUGGAGAGUCGAUUGUUGCCGCAGUUGAAAAUGAGUCGGGAUAACGAGUUGCAACGGUUAGGAGACGAAGUUAUCGAGAAGAGAGUUCCGGAGAUGUUUAAAGGGUUGAAUAUUAAACCGAGUAUUUUGCACGGCGAUUUGUGGAGCGGAAACAUAGGUACGGUGGACGGGAAGCCGAGUAUUUUUGACCCGGCGGUGUAUUACGGGCAUCACGAGGCUGAUUUUGGCAUGUCCUGGUGCGCUGGUUUUAGCCCUGCGUUUUUCGAAGCGUAUUGGUCGGUGAUUGAAAAAGACGAAGGCGGGUUCGAAGAGAGAAAAAUUAUGUAUCAGUUGUAUCACAUCUUGAAUCAUUACAACAUGUUCGGCGGUGGAUACCGCUCGCAAGCAAUGGGGAUGUUGAAACAGUUGUUGUGA